CUGUGAAAUUUUUUGAACACAAGCGUCUUGUACUUCGUACCGCGCGCACUGCUGGAAUCACUUCGCAUCGAUAAUUAUAUCGUAAGAUUAUUCGGUUGUUGUUGUUGUUGUUGUCGUCGUUAUUAUAAUUGAAGAUGCCGCCUAAAACGAGCGGUAAGGCAGCCAAGAAAUCCGGCAAAGCCCAAAAGAACAUCUCCAAAUCGGACAAGAAGAAGAAGAAGCACAAGAGGAAGGAGAGCUACGCUAUUUACAUCUACAAAGUUCUGAAGCAGGUGCAUCCCGACACCGGUAUCUCAAGUAAGGCCAUGUCUAUCAUGAACUCCUUCGUGAACGAUAUAUUCGAACGCAUCGCCGCCGAAGCAUCACGUCUCGCGCACUACAACAAGAGAUCCACCAUUACAUCGAGGGAGGUUCAGACGUCCGUGAGACUGUUGCUGCCCGGCGAGUUGGCCAAGCACGCCGUCAGUGAAGGGACCAAAGCCGUCACUAAGUACACCAGUUCCAAGUGAAAUGU